CCCGCACACCCCCCGCACGCACACCCAGCCGGCAUCGGCGGCCGCGGCAGGCAUGAUUUUGAACCCUGCGUUUAAAGAGCCCUGCAGUGAGCUCUGCCCGUGCACAGCUUCUCGGGAAGCUGUGUGUCCUGGAGGAUGGUGGUGCCUGGGAAUGCCCCGCUCAUCCAGCAGGACCGUGCUCUGGAGCCUGACCUAGGACGGGACCCCACAGGGAACUCUGCCAUGGGCCCCGACCCGGAUCCAGAGCCCAAGGAGGUUGGCCCAGAGCUGGAGGAGGUGCGAAAGCUGCGGGAGCUGGUGAGGAGGCUGGAGCUGCAGAACCAGCACCCAAGAACCAAGAGCAGCAGGAGUGUGCUUGGGGCAAACGUGCAGAGCGAGAUCCGUGCUGGUGUGGAUAACCGUGGCGCUGGUCUUAACGGGAUGGAGAUCAAUAACAGCAUCAACGUGAUCAGGGAGAAGCAAGAACUGCAGAUCAUGGCAGAUCUGCACCAGCAGUUAAGCAAAAUAAGAAGAGAGGAAGGAGAGAACAACUGCCUAAAAAGAGGCCUAGAUGCCCAAAUGCGAUACGGUUGCAACAGUGCCACUGAGGAGUUGUCUUCCAACCUGUGCAAGGUGGAAGCACAGACUGAGGAGAAUGCCAGGUGUGCUUUGCAUCUGGAUACAGGUGACAGCACAGAGCUGCUGGGGAACUUGGGCGUCCCAGGUGUUGAUUCCUCAGUUAAGAUAAAUGAACAGAAUCCCAGUGAAAAAUGUGGAGAUCUAGGAAGUCUUCCAAACAACACAGAUCUGGAUGAAGUGAAAGUGCUAGAACUUGAAAACUGCAACGAGGAAGAAGAUAGCUGGCUCUACGUGUCCCCAAGGAAAUCUGCCACAGAUCAGAAAACCAACUCGCCCCUGAAGUGGUGCCGGCAGGUGCUGGACAACCCCAGUCCUGAGACAGAGGCAGCCUGCAGAACCCUCAUCAGCAGGCUGGAUCAAGCCAGUAGGUGGAAAAACCUGUAUUGCAGUCCCCUGGCAUCACCAAGUGCACAUAAUUUGAAUACAGAGGCAGGCUCCUGUAGCAAUGCACUAAACUCUCCCGGGCAUCUCAAAUCGACUAACAAAGCACUACUAACCUGUGGCAGCUCAGGUUAUCUGAGCAUGCAUUCUGCUCUGAGCUCCCAGUCGUCCGUGGACAGCGAGCUGAGUACGUCCGAUGACUCCAUCUCCAUGGGGUAUAAGCUGCAGGACCUGACAGAUGUCCAGGUGAUGGCACGUCUCCAGGAGGAAAGCCUGCGCCAGGACUGCGCCUCCGCCUCCGCCUCCCGCCGCAGCUCCAGCGCCUCCCUCCACUCCCUGCGCAGGGGCACCUACAGCGACCAGGAGUUCGACGCCUACAGCCUGGAGGACGAGGAUGACUGUGACUGCUCCCUGUCCUACCGCAGCGCCCACAGAUACUCCCCGUCCCCGCUCAGCUCCCCGCGCUGCCAGUCCCCGUCCGCGGGCGCCGAGUGCGGCAGGUCGCCCGCCUCCCGCGUCCGCCCGCCCCGCAGGGCUGCGCCGAGCCCCAUGCAGGACAGGCUCAAGUACGCGGGCAGCGAAGGUAAGCAAGGUGUGAGCCUGGGAGACGAGUCCACCCUCACCCCUCCUUUAACGCGCAGGUCGCAGAGGUGCUGGUGUUUGGCGGGAGUUGCGAGUCAGUUGCACGCUUGGCUGCUUUGGAGUGCGUCUGUUUCUCAAGAGGCAGACGAAGCCGCUGCGCGGCCCCGCUGCUCCCCCAGGCAGCAGACAGAGGAUUUGCUCUUGGUUGCAGAGGAGAUGCGGCACAGCAUGCCCAACCUGGCCAGGAGCAGCCUCCGAGCUCUGGAGUCGGUGCGGAGCAGCCGGAGCCUGGAGUCAGACCUGCAGGUGCCCAGCACGCGCAUCCCCAGGACGCAGCAGCGCGCCGCAGGUCUGGCUCCCAGCAAGCUCAGGUAUUCCUCGGGUGCCGGGCAGUGCCCCCUCACCGCGCGGCAGCCCCUGAAGGGCGGGUCAUGCACAAACUCCCUGCUAACGCCCAGGCAGCCAGUGAAACCCUGCACCUACACCAGUCCUGCCGGCGGGGCUCGCAAGCCCCAGGCAUCCUCGCUUCACACGGGCUCUUCCAGUAGCAGCAGCUGCACUUCCAGGGGCAGCAACGUGGUCACUGUGGCAAAAAACGCACCCGUCAAAGCACGCACGUCCGUGGGAGGGAUCUCAGUGCCCAAGAGCAGGCCCACAGCGCCAGCCAAGAGCAGGUUUCUCCAGACUGCUCAGGCUGCCGAGGACGACUCCUGGAAGGAGGGGUGUUACUGACAGCCCUGCUGCUGACCCCAGCUGGCUGGGCCUAAGGACAGCGUGUGACCAUGACCCUCCCCAGCCCCAUCCCACUCCAGACUGGUGUGUAUAGCCCCUCACCAUCCUCACCUUCUGCUGCUCUGCCCAGAGCCUGACCUCUUCAUGGUGGAACCACCAACUGCAUUACUGGGUUUCCACUGCUCAAAACGUGACUGAAAUACGAGUCGUUGCCUGAAGACCAAGCCUGGCCUUACUUCCCAGAAACCUGCAGGCAGCCCUGGGGAGGGCUGGUCACCAGCACCUCCUGAGGUGACCUCCUCCCGGGGACUCCUGCCUGACAAGGCUGCUGGUUGUCCUGGUGGUGCCAGAGAGCAGCUCUGAGCUGCUGCCGUGGGCUCUCACGGAGCAGUGGCUCGGGGAGGUGGAGGUAGUUCUGUAGGUGUUAGAAGUGAGACUUCAGUUCAACCUGAUGUAACUCUGCUGUUUGUCUGGAACUCGACUGUUUGGGUUCCUUGGAUUAUGAUGAUUUUUUUUUUUUUUUACCUCUGUAUAGAAUGUAUUUCUGCUACUUUUUAUUGUUUGUUUUAGAAGACGAAGCAGGUUUUUAUAACUGUAGUACACUUCAAGCUGUUGUAUUCAGGUGUGUGCAUCACAGUUCACCAGUGGAGGAGCAGUACACAAUAUUUGUGUGGGUUUGUGGACAGGCAGUUGCAGGGACAGGGGAGGCUAGUUAAAAUCUGCUGUUUAGCAGCAUCAUCUUCAUCUCUCAGAUGAGGAAAUUAAUAAACACCAGUUAAUUGUAAACUUUAUAAAAAUAACCUGCCCUGAUUUGACUUGAAGUGUUUCCCUUGGAUCUCUUUCAGCCAGCCCCCAACUGCCCUGACUUUUGUAGAAGUUUUCUACUGUCUCUUUGGCUAUGAAGGAUUCCCUUUCAGUGUCCUUUUCCUCAGCAGGUGCUGGAUGCUGUGGAUACAGUCUUAGUACAGGAAAUAUGCACUGAUAGCAAUGUUCUCCCUGCCAUCAAUGUGAUUUUGAUAGUGUAGUUUAAUAAAAUGUUAUGGUGCUGAAAUAGAUCUGCUUUAUUCAAACUGUGA